AUGGCUGAAUUCAGUUCUUUGAAAAGGAAGUUUGAAAGUCUAAGGAUAGUUGAUGAUGAAUCUCCAAAAACAAUUAAAAAAACCUUUAUUUAAGAUGUGGAUUUGUAUCUAUUGGGAAAAAAGAUUUAAUCCAUUCAUUUGGUUUAGCCUUUGUAAUCAGUUAUAAAGAAACCCGAUAUCUAUUAGGCUUGCUUCAUAAAGAAGGACUGUUACAAUCCUUUUUUAUAUAUUGAUCGACCUAUCAAAAAAGAAAAGGAUGAGUCGUGA